GAAGCGGAGAGCAGUGCGCGCGGGCCGCGGGGCUGCCCGGGGACGGCUUCCGAGCGCGGCGAGCGGGCGCGCCCCUAGGAGACUUGGAGAUGUCCUGGCCGUGCCGCCUCCUGUUCAGAUACCUGUUCCCGGCCCUCUUGCUGCAUGGGCUGGGAGAGGGUUCUGCCCUCCUGCACCCAGACAGCAGAUCGCAUCCUAGGUCCUUGGAGAAGAGCGCCUGGAGGGCUUUCAAGGAAUCGCAGUGCCAUCACAUGCUCAAGCACCUCCACAAUGGCGCACGCAUCACGGUACAGAUGCCGCCCACCAUCGAGGGCCACUGGGUCUCCACGGGCUGUGAAGUCAGGUCAGGCCCAGAGUUCAUCACAAGGUCAUACAGGUUCUACCACAACAACACCUUCCAGGCCUACCAGUUCUACUACGGCAGCAACAGGUGCACCAACCCCACCUACACCCUCAUCAUCCGGGGCAAGAUCCGUCUCCGCCAGGCAUCCUGGAUCAUCCGCGGAGGCACGGAAGCCGAUUACCAGCUGCACAGUGUCCAGGUCAUCUGCCAUUCGGAGGCAGUGGCCGAGCAGCUCAGCCAGCGGGUGAACCACACAUGCCCAGGUUUCCUGGCUUCCGGGGACCCCUGGGUGCAGGACGUGGCCUACGACCUGUGGCGAGAGGAGAAUGGCUGUGAGUGUACGAGGGCCGUGAACUUUGCCAUGCACGAGCUGCAGCUGGUCCGCGUGGAGAAGCAGUACCUUCACCACAACCUCGACCACCUGGUGGAGGAGCUCUUCCUGGGAGACAUUCACACCGACGCUGCCCAGCGGAUGUUCUACCGGCCCUCCAGUUACCAGCCUCCGCUGCAGAAUGCUAAGAACCACGACCAUGCCUGCAUAGCCUGCCGCAUCAUCUACCGCUCCGACGAGCACCACCCGCCCAUCCUGCCCCCAAAAGCUGAGCUGACCAUCGGCCUGCACGGGGAGUGGGUGAGCCAGCGUUGCGAGGUGCGACCCGAGGUCCUCUUCCUCACCCGCCACUUCAUCUUCCACGACAACAACAACACCUGGGAGGGCCACUACUACCACUACUCAGACCCCGUCUGCAAGCACCCCACCUUCACCAUCUACGCCCGGGGCCGCUACAGCCGUGGAGUACUCUCCUCCAGGGUCAUGGGAGGCACCGAGUUUGUGUUCAAAGUGAAUCACAUGAAGGUCACCCCCAUGGACGCAGCCACAGCCUCACUCCUCAAUGUCUUCAAUGGGAAUGAGUGUGGGGCCGAGGGCUCCUGGCAGGUGGGCAUCCAGCAGGACGUGACGCAUACCAACGGUUGUGUGGCCCUGGGCAUCAAGCUACCUCACACAGAGUAUGAGAUCUUCAAAAUGGAGCAGGACGCCAGAGGCCGCUAUCUGUUGUUCAACGGCCAGAGACCCAGCGAUGGGUCCAGUCCGGACCGGCCAGAGAAGAGGGCCACAUCCUACCAGAUGCCCCUGGUCCAGUGUGCCUCAUCCUUGCCCAGAGCUGAAGACCUGACAGAGGAUGGUCGAGGCCACCAGUAUGGCCAGGCGCCCGGGAGGAAAGCCAGGCCCCUGCUGCUCGCUGCCCUUGCCUGCCUCCUGACUCUGUUACAUUGCGACAUCCUCCGAUAG